AUGGACAUCUCCAAGCUGCCACCAAACACCGAAUUGUCCCGCUUGUACAAAUUGGCCCUCGAACGCUCCAGCGCAGGUGACCGUACCGAAGCAUUCGAUCUCUUCUCCCUUUGCCUCGACCAUCCCGGUGCCACCAACCUGUUUCGCGCAAUCGUGCUAUUCCUCCUCUCCCUCGAAUUCAAAUCCAACGGCCUUCACUUCGUCCGUGCCGGCAUGCACCUUCUCAGCCAGUACGCCCGCGAUCACCCCGACCAACUCCUCGACCCCGAGUACCUCGAGGCAGAGAAAGACUCACGUGACUUGCUCAAAUUCCACAAUCAGCGUGCGACGACUCAGCGUGCGGCGGCCAGAAAGGAGGCGAGGAAGGACCGAGCUGCUGGAUUUGAGGAUUCUGAUGAUGAUGAAUUUGGCAUCAAGAGUCCCAUGCAGAAGCUCGCUCUCGGCACCGAGAUUGAAGGUCGUCCUACUACUGCUAAUGGCAACAUUUUUGGUGGUGAGGUGAAGCAGGCUGUUCGCGGUCGGGUCAAGGUCUAA